CUCGAAGUGGAGUUGAGGCGUGCAUUACCAUGAAGUUCUUACUGGCAUGUUACCUCCACGCCGUUGUGAUCUUCGUGGCGUUUGGUCUGAAUUGGGAACACUGCGAAAAAAACGAUCUCGAAAUCAGGACACUGCUUGACUGCGUCGAAUCGAAGGUUCCCUUUUAUCUCAAAGCCAAGCUGAACGAAACGGUAAAGAAACUUGGAUGCACCGAAAAGCUGUGUGCCGUGCGAAAGGUGUGUGGCCAAGCUGACGUGGAAGAAACCCUCCAGCAGCAUUUCCCAGUAAGCAUGCAUUGGUCUGAGUAGUAUUGUGUUGCAACGAGUUGGUCUGAG